CAGGCGGUGACGUCUUUAGGCUGCGCCGUGUUGUUGCCGGAAAUCUGAGUGGAGGUCACAGCGGGUAUAGGUGCCCUCCGGGCCAUGUGUUGAGUGUUGCCCUUUGGCUGAAGACAUGGCCAAUCCUCUGAGGGGAGAGGUGGUGAAGCUCUACAAGAAUCUUCUGUACCUCGGACGGGAGUAUCCGAAGGGUGAAAUCUACUUCAAGGAACGCCUGAAAAGAGCCUUCAUGAAAAACAAGGAUGUCACUGACCCCGAGAAGAUUAAAGAACUCAUCGCCAGAGGUGAAUUUGUAGUUAAAGAGAUCGAAGCUCUUUAUUUCCUGAGAAAGUAUCGAGCAAUGAAACAGCGCUACUACGAGGACAGCCCCAAAUGACAACUAUGACCUUCUGUACCUUUGCAUUGUCACUGGUGCCAACAUAGCAAUGAAAGACUCUUAUCAGUCUGCGUUAUUACACACUCAGAUUAUCUUACAAGUUGAUUGUUA